AGAUGCAGGAUGAAUGCCUGGUGUCCGGGUUGGAGGGCACCCGAGGCAAUAACAAAGAGACCAGGAAGAAGAGGGGGACGACGGCGGAUCGGAGACACACGCGCACACACACACAACACACACACACUGGAGUCCUCCACCCCAACCCCUGCAAAGUCACGUUUUGUGGGGAACAGGUAAAAAAAGAAGUGCAAAUAAAAAGUAAAGCAGCUCCAAACGGGCCGCGAUGCGAGUGGCUAUUAGUUGGUUGGAGAGGGAUUGCUUCUGAGAAGCGGGCUUCGGUGUGCUGUGACCGAGGGGCUGUUUCCAGGAGAUCUCUGGGCUUAUGGCAGGAUGCCCACGUCCACAGCCUGGGAAACGUGGGCAUCGUUUCUGUUUCACAAGUUCUCCAGCCUCCAUGAAAACUGAUCCGUGUCAGACUUUACUGGCUGGAAUGCAGUUGUAAACGAUGAGUUUGUGUGCAGAGAACUGCCAGUCGGAGAACUCUAACUAUAAUGCUGAUUGGUUACAUCACCGUUAUGGAGUACGAUCAUAUCUGCAUCAGUUUUAUGAAGACUGUACAGCAUCGAUCUGGGAGCAUGAGGAUGAUUUUCAGAUUAAGAGGUCUCCAAGCAGGUGGACUUCUGUUGUCUGGAAGAUUGGACUUACGUCUGGGACUACCAUACUUCUUAUAGGAUUGGCACUGAUUGCAGCUGGCUAUCUGGUACCACCGAAGAUUGAAGAAUUUGGAGAGGAGAAUGAAAAUUUUCUGGUAGUGGAUAGUCAUGCUGUUCAAUUCAAUGUGGCACUGGCUACCUGUAAGCUGGCAGGGGCCAUCCUCUUUUGCAUUGGUGGGAUAAUAAUAGCUGCUUGCCUUCUAAUGUCCACCUUUGCCACGAGUUACUCUAAGGAAGAAAAAUACCUUCAGCAGAAGUUUAAAGAGAGAAUUGCAGAAGCCCAGGCUUCCUUCCAGCCUGUCACUAAGAUACCAGCACCAGGUGAACAUAAAAUCCCCAUCACUUUAUCUAAAGUACACAACGUACAGCCCACAUCGGAAACCUGAAGUGCAAAUAUUAGCCUAUUGUAAAUUAGCUAGACCAGCUCAAAUCUUUGUAAAUGUUUUAUCACAUUUUAUAGAGGUUUAAAAGAAGUAGCAUAAGUGCUCAACUCCUAAAUUUCAGAUUCAUGCCUUCAUUCAGUGAAUCACAUAAGAAUCUAAUGAGACAUUCUGAUUUGCAUCUCAAUUGUACAUUCACCAAUAUCAUUCUAACAUUCACAAGCUCUAGAAAGUGCCAAAUUGCAAUGUAUUUUGUUUCCAAGUCUAAUGUGAAAUGGCUUUUAUGUAUAUUUGAAAUAAAUUAAAUAAAGUAUAACU